AAUAACACUGAAACAGCCAUAUUAGAGUUACACUGAAAAAAGGAGGGAAGAUAAAUCUGUUACAAAUCGAUUGGAACUUGCAAAAAUAGCGAGAUGAUGACCAACAUCCGCAGCAACAUGCGCGGCCACAUGCUGGAGCAGACUCGCAGACAGGAGGAGGUGAGGGAGGAUACUCUGAAACGACUCGCCACAGAGAGGAUGCUGGACGCCAACAUGCGCAGCGAGGAGAGGAUCGAUGACAAACGCUUCUUGCGUCGUCAGCAGUUAGAGAAUAAGGAGCGGGAGAUGGAAGAGUCGAUACUACGGUCGGAGCGAGACAGGCUGUUGAAGGAACAACAGCGUGAGCAGGAGGAGCAACUGGCUCAACAGCUGGAGAAGAUGAGCCAGGAGAAGACAAAGGAUGAGAAGAUGAGGCAACAGAUCCGAGAAACUAGCCUGGAGCUGCGUGAGCUGGAGGCCAAGUUGAAGGCCGCUUACAUGAACAAGGAGAGAGCGGCACAGCUGGCAGAGAAAGACGCUCUCAAGUUUGACCAGAUGAAGCGAGACAGCCAGAUUGCCCGGGAGAUGAAGGAGCAGCACGACCGGGCUGCAGAGGCGGAGCAGGCACGUCAGAUGGAGCGCUACAAGGAGCAGGUUCGGUACCAGCAGGAGCUGGAGAGACAGCUGGAAGAACAGGAAGUCCGGCGCCAACAGGCAUACGAGGAGUUCCUCAAGGAAAAGCUCAUGAUAGACGAGAUCGUACGGAAGAUCUACGAAGAGGACCAGAGGGAUACCGAAAGGAACCUCCAGAAGCGGAAGGCGACACAGGCAUACAUCUCUGAGUUCAAGAAGGCCCGCGAGGAGUGGAAGGAGUUGGAGCGACGUCGAAUGGAGGAGGAGAACAUGCGCAUCUUGCAGUUUGCCAACGUGCAGAAGGAGCGCGAGGAUGACUUCCGCCAACAGAAGAUGGAGAAGGAACAGGCCAUGGAACGCAUGCAAAAAGAACUGUCGGAGCAGAUAGCCAAGAAGGAUGCAGAACGCGAGGAGAUGGAGCGAGUCAGGCUGGAGCUGUAUCUGGAGGAAGAGGAAGAGAAGGCUCGACAGCAGGAGCGGGCGGAGAUGGAGCGCAAGCUGCGACAGAGGAUCGAUCUGCAGGACACCCACUCCAAGCAGAUGCAUUUUAAGGCUCUCAGGCUCCAGGCUGAGAAAGAUGAGGAAGAGGUCUUCAGACAACAGAUGUUGGCGAAGUUUGCGGAGGAUGAUCGUAUCGAGCAGAUGAACGCUCAGCGGCGUCGUAUGAAGCAGCUGGAACACAAGCGUGCAGUGGAGACUCUGCUGGAUGAGAGGCGGGCGCAGUAUGCCAUGGAGAGGCAGCGAGAGGUGGAGGCUCGGGAGGGGGAGGUCAGGAUGGAGAACUUCCGGCGACAGAUUAUCGAGGAGGAGAGGCAAAGGCUGCUGAAGGAGCAUGCAGGCAGGCUGCUGGGAUACCUGCCCAAGGGGGUGAUUCGAGACACCCAGGACCUACAGAUGCUUGGCCCCGAGUUCCGCAACGCUUACAGACAGAGGCAGAUCGACCCCUUCGACGAGACCGCCUGGGAUCAAAGUGCCCGAUAGUUACCCAACCACGCCAACAUUUGUCCAUACGAACACAACAGAGUGUCGACACUGUCUGCACUCUUCACAUAUCUUUGUUUACAAAUGUUCAUGUAUGUUUUCAAUCACAAGAUAAUGCUAACUAUUUGUGUCUCAUUUUCCCUGUGAACAUGUGCAUGGCCUGGAGAUGCACAGUAAAUUCCCAGCAUUUCGAAGACAAUUUCAUAAUGGAAGUAAAUUUAUUGUUUUUAUCUGUUCAUUUACAAGAUGUUUCACAUUUCUGGGUUUGUCUCAGCUAUUUGUUUUGAACAUUUUUUACCAUGGACUUAUGGUUUAAGCUGCAAGUUUCCAGUAUUAUGUAUUAUCAACUAUGGCCGUUGAAACCGAUGUGGAACGGUCCCAAAUGUUUUGUCAACACGCAGAUGUAGUGGCUGUCUUGGAUGUGGCCUGGCCGACGUUCCCCACUACUCCGUCCAUACACUUCACCCUCAGUAGACAUCACCAGUCAAUUUUGUACUUGAGUGUUUUAAUGUAGAACUUUUUACAUAGUUCAAUUGUCAGUUUUAGCUGAUGCCAUUUAUUGUGUUUUAACUUCACAGUCUUUGAAAAAUGAUUACUGAUGUCAAAUUUAAUUUAUUGAUAAGCACAAUGAUUAUGACUAAGAUAAACUGUAAUGGAAUAAUGGCAGUGGAGUAUCUCCACUGUAUCAGCCUAAGUGUGUACUGUACGGCUGUGGUGUAAGUAUGUUUGUAUAUAUCUAUCUGUAGAUCUACACUGUAAAUAGAGACAGUUGUAUAUAUACAAGAACGUCAGCUGCUGUGAUGGAAGUAAAUGCUUGUAAAUCUC